CCUAUUAAUCUUCUAAACCGCAUGAAGUAACAUACACUCAUUCAUGCCUUUACAUUGUUUGACAAAAAAAGCACAAAGACAUGGUUCCCAGGUCAGAUUUCAAUUUCCAUCUCUCUUUCUCUUCUUUCUUCAUUUCUUCUCUAUGAUUCUGCACAUUCCAUUAACCCGUAGAAAUCAAUGUUUCGUUCUAUGGCAAUAAAGUUCCCAUCUUUGCCACACCACACUCGAUUCCUCAAAUGGGUUUUCCUCUCUUCAACCAGCACUCAACAAAUUCCACAAACCAUACAAAUUGUAAACCCCAACAAAUAUUCAUCUGAAUUCGAUAAAAAUAUUAACUUUUUGAGAAAUAAGCUUGGCCCAGAUAGUUUAAUUCAAGUUUUGAACCGUACAAGUGAUUUAAACUCAGCAGUGAAGAUUUUCAUAUGGGCUUCAAUACAGAAGAGUUUUCACCACACCUCUAAUACUUAUUUUGAGAUCAUUUUGAAACUGGGUUUAGCUGGAAAUGUUUUGGAGAUGGAGAAUUUUGUUCAUAACAUGGUGAAGAAUAGGUUUCAAGGUGUUGAAAAAGCACUUGUAUCAUUGAUUCACACGUUUGUUGAACAUUGUAGGAUUAAAGAAGGGUUAGUAGUUUUAGUGAACAUGAAUUCGGGGGGUUAUAAGCCUCCAAUUCAAGUUUUUAAUGCUUUGUUAGGUGCUAUUGUGAAAGAAGAAAGUGGAGACUUUCAAAAUGCUUUGCUUGUUUAUAAAGAGAUGGUGAAGGCAGGAGUCCUGCCGACAGUCGAUACUUUGAAUUGUUUGUUGGAGAUAUUGUUUACAAUCGAUCGGGUUGACCUUGCUUUGGAUCAGUUUAGAAGAAUGAACAAUAAAGGAUGUAGUCCGAAUAGUAAGACCUUUGAGAUACUUGUAAAGGGUUUGAUCGAAAAUGGUCAAGUGGAUGAAGCUGUAGCUGUUUUAGAGGAAAUGCUUAAACUAGAAUGUCAACCGGAUUUGAGCUUUUAUACCUGCACCAUACCUCUCUUUUGCAGGGAAAAUAAAGUAGAGGAAGGAGUGAGGUUGUUUAGAAUGAUGAAAGAUUCUGAUCUUGUGCCAGAAGCUUUGAUUUAUGAGGCUCUAAUACAGUGCUUGUGCAAAAACUUGAAGUUGGAUUCUGCGGUAAACCUCAUAAAUGAAAUGAUAGAAAGUGGUAUACUGCCAAAUGAAAAUGUUUUUGUUCAUAUGAUAAAUUGCUAUUGUGAAUUAGGGAAAAUAGACGAGGCUAUAAUGUUUUUAGAGGAUAAGCAAGUUAGUGAAACUGCUCCUUUCAAUGUAUUGCUUGAAGGUUGUUGCAAUGCUGGUAAAAUUCUGGUAGCAAAUGUUCUGCUGGAAACAAUGACAGAUAGAAACAUUGCUGAUUGUCAAUCUUGGAAUAUUGUCAUUAGACGGCUUUGUGAGAAUGAAGAGACGGAGAAAGCAUACACACUUCUUGGCAGAAUGAUCAAAUUCUCAGUUGUGCUUGAUGGUUCAACAUAUUCAGCUCUUGUGCUUGGCAAUUGUAGAGUGAGAGAGUAUGAUGAAGCAAUGGAACUGUUUCGUCGAAUUUGUGCUAGAUGUUGGAGUUUAGAUAUUACCUCUUAUACAGAACUAGUAGAUGGCCUUUGUGAUGACAUCAACCGUUGUCAACAUGCCAUUGAAGUGUUUUACUAUAUGUCAAAGAAGCAAUUCUCUCUUCAUUCCUUCUCCUUCUACAAGUUGAUCAAAUGUGUUUGCGACUCAGGACAGGCCAACAAAGCCAUAAACCUAUGGCAAUUAGCUUAUUAUUGUGGUAUUUCUUGCUGUAAUGUCACACAAACUACUAUCAUGCAUGAGUUGUCUAAAUCAGAUAAGGCAGAAAAUCUGUUAGCAUUCCUCUCACAAAUCUUGAUAGUGGGAGGAAGUCUUGACACAGAAGCAUAUUGUAUCCUUAUCAAUGGCAUGAUUAAACAAAGUCUAGUAAAGGAAUGUGUUUUGUUUUUCAAUAUGAUGGUCAAUGAAGGUUUGAUACCUGAUCCAGACAAACUAUUUGAUCAACUUUCAUUCAUAGCCAAUAAUUCUCUGUUAUCGAUGAUUUCCAGUGCCAUUGAAACAAUUUCCGACAGCGAAAAAUUGAGCUCGAAAUCAUAUAGCUUACUCAUAGCUGGCCUGUGGAAAGAGGGUAAGGAACAUGAGGCCCGACGAUUGCUUGAUGUGAUGCUGAAAAAGGGUUGGCUUCCUGAUACGGCCACUCAUAAAUUAUUGAUUGGAUCUGAUGAUAGAGAAGGAAGAAGUCAAGUAAUGUUGUUGUUUGAUGAUUCUGAUUCUGUUAACGAUAUACUUGCAGAAGGCCUUGGAAAUUGAUGAAAUUUUAGUAUUUCUUACAUGAAAGGAAUCUUACUGCUUAACAUGCCAGUUUCGCUGUGAUUGCUGAUUUGUCCAUCAAGGGUUAUUUAUUCAGCAAGUCUUAUAGCAAUGACAACUGCUGUCAUACAGAAAAUUCUUGCAAGAGGUUGAAAGAUGCGGCUGUGCAGAUGUUAGUUUUAUCAAAUUGAUUUGCCAUGCUACACUAGGCAAACACGUUUGAGACGGACAGAACAAGAGGAGUAGAACUUCAUCCCAAGAGAAGUAUUUUUCACAAGGUGUUGAACCAGAGAUCUUCCACUAAAGAGUAUCUUUUGUGCACAUUCUCUCCGCUUACAGACAUAACAUGUUUCCACUAGGUUAACUCAUUGAGUGAAUGAGACGGUGUUCAUCACAAUAAGAUGAGCACUUGAAGGAAGACUAUUAGUACUUCAUAUGAAUAAUUCAAGGCAAGACAUUAGGCUUGUGGUGAAGGACAGGGUGGUGUUGAUAACAGGAAGAUCAGCCCUUGAAAGAAAAAAAAAAAUACUAUUUCUACUUUGUGCAAGACAUUAGGUGCGGUCGUAUUACAGUUCGAGAAGAAGACACCUUUAAAACUCCAUGCUCAUUAUGGAGGGGAAAGAUGGGUUGAGAUACACAGAUAGGACUAGUUUUUUUGGAAUUAUUGUCUCCUUAUUAUUCAUAGUUCUUAUUUUUAUCGACCUUGUAUUUUUAACAAUUGAAUUUUGUAUUUUCAUGUUGUGUUGAUAAGAAUCUUAUAGGAGGAAAGACUUUUUGGUUACAAACACAUGGACUACAUAAUGAGCAUACAGGCACAUGAAUCUUA